AACAGAGAAGCAUACUGUACAAAAAUGCUCAGAGGCGAAGCAGCAACCACUUUUUAAAAACUCCCUAUUCUACUUAUUUGUUUGGGAAAUCGAUUAUCAACUUCACAUCUGUUACAACAGUAAGGGUAUUUAAUGUCUACCUUUUGCUAACAUCAGUUACGUGUGACAUGAAGGUUGUGCUAAAAAGGUGUUGACUGGGGGACAAGUGAUGUCUGAAUGAGCUGCAGCAGCUUGUGAACCAGGGACCUGGAGGUUGACUCCAGAUCAGUCACCAGUCCGCGGUGUCUACUCUGCUCACAGUUUAGCUGUGAAGACGGAAGUGACAAGAGGACUUCCCUCUGACCAACAAUUUAUCCCUUUUGGAGACAGUGGAAGGAAAACAACGUCGCCUCUCCAAACAUGUCUACGGCUUACAGGAACAGAAUACAAGAGUUCAAAGUAGCCUUGAGUGAGGAAACCAUAAACCUGAAGACUCUGAGAGAGCUGUGCUUCAAUGGAGUCCCAUUUGAAGGAGGAAUACGAGCACUUUGCUGGAAAAUCCUCCUUAACUACCUUCCUCUGGAUCAGACAUUAUGGGAGUCUUUCCUGAAAAAGCAGAGGGAAGUGUACUCCCAGUUCCUAAAAGAGAUGAUCAUCCAGCCAGGCAUUGCCAAAGCCAACCUGGGCCUUUCCAGGGAAGAUGUAACGAUGGAGGACCACCCUCUAAAUCCCAACCCAGACAGCCGGUGGAACACCUACUUCAAGGAUAAUGAGAUUUUGCUUCAGAUUGAUAAAGAUGUGAGGCGGCUUUACCCAGACAUGGCGUUCUUCCAGCGUCCGACAGAAUAUCCUUGCCAGCUUAUCUUGGACCCUCAGAAUGAUUAUGAGACGCUGCGUCGACGAGUUGAACAAACUACCCUGAAAGCACAAACUGUAAACCGAAACCGCAGUGGAGUCACCAACGUGAGCUCUCCUGGAAAGGCUCUAAACCUGUAUCCAUCCAAUGAAUACGAGGUGCUUCCCAAUGGCAGUGAAGCUCACUGGGAGGUGGUGGAACGGAUCCUCUUCAUCUACGCUAAACUCAAUCCUGGGAUUGCUUAUGUACAGGGCAUGAAUGAGAUUGUUGGGCCAAUUUACUACACGUUUGCCACAGACCCCAACAGUCAGUGGAAAGAACACGCUGAAGCAGAUACCUUCUUCUGUUUCACCAACCUGAUGUCGGAGAACAGAGACAACUUCAUCAAGAGCCUGGACGACUCUCAGUGUGGCAUCACUUACAAGAUGGAGAGUGUUUACUCCAUGCUGAAAGACAAAGACCUGGAGCUCUACAUCAAGCUGGAAGAGCAGAACAUCAAACCUCAGUACUUCACAUUCCGCUGGCUCACCCUCUUGUUAUCCCAGGAGUUUCUCCUGCCAGAUGUCAUCCGUAUCUGGGACACCCUGUUUUCUGACCAGGACCGGUUCCACUUCCUCAUCCUGGUCUGCUGUGCCAUGCUUAUUCUCAUCCGGAGUGACUUACUGGCGGGAGACUUUACGGUGAAUAUGAGGUUACUACAGGAUUACCCCAUCUCAGAUGUCCACACCAUUCUGACCAAGGCCAAAGAGUUGCAGGAUAACUCCUAACCUGAUCCCGGUUUUCCUCCAGCCUUCCCUGACUGGUAGGUCUGGUAGGUUCGAGAUAAAAGUUCAAAAGAAAGUGUUGUGGACGGACCUUACAGGGAAAACCCUGCAUACUACAUUUUAACUCAAUGUCUGUUGUUUGGCCAUCGGAAGACUGCUGAGGAAAGCUGAAAGACUGGCUGAAACAUCCGCUCCCUGACAAGGAACGGGGGUACCACUUGUUUUUAUCAUGUGUUACGGGAAAAGGCGCUUUUUCCUCCUCUCACAGCUGUUUCUCCCAUGGAGACAUUUUGUGCUUGAAAAACACCGUUUCCAGUGAUCAUGUGAGGGAGAAGGAGCCACAGUAACCCAACACUACCAACCUAAGUUUAGCGGAAAAUGUUCAACCAUGGAGCCGAGAAUGAAGCCCAAAUCCUUCUGCAGUUUUAUGUGAAGUGAGGCUGAAAAAAUGUUUUUUUCUUUAAAGGUUUUUAUUUUCAGAUGUUGAUCAUUUUUUAAUCGAGCAGACAUGUAUGCCUUAUCUGUUUACUGAUGUGAAAACAGACAGUGUUCCAGGUUAAAUAAAUAUGAAGUGAGGAACCUCAGUGUUGGAUUAGAGAUCACUUUUAUCUGAACACACCACAGUUCACACAUACGGUGUGUGAACUGUUCUGGUUCAUUAAACAUUUUUAUUCACUCAAGUUCACCAAUUUAAAGAGUUUUAGUUUUUUGAAUGGGUUAGAGCUCCAUAACAUGGGUUCACUUCCGGUCACUGACAGUGAAGCAGUGGGGAAAGGAGACGAUGACUUGUGUUUAUGUUUAACGCUGCCAGAAUGCAGAAUUUUGUCAUUGAAAUGAACCAUGAGCUGAGGAAAACAUCCAAUCUGGUAGAAUCUGUGUUUUCUGGUUGGUUGUUGGUCAUUUUAUUUAAGAAGCUUAUUUCAUUACACACAACAUCCACAAAGACAGAAAUGAGACAACAAAUGAUAGAAAUUAUGUUAUAGAUAUUCACAGAGACACAAAUAUAUUAGUAGUUAACAAAAAUAAGUUCAAUAAAGGCGCUACCAGUUAAAAGUUUUAGAACAUCCUAGUUUUUCCUGUUUUUAAUUCUGAAAUUUAAGCAGUUCAAAGUCUCAUUGUACUCUGAAAUAAAAGCAUAGAACAAAGAAAUCAUGAAGCGAACAAAGAAAUCCUGAAUCCAUUUAUUAACUAAAAUGUUUUCUAAGCCAGGAUGGGGUCUCUGCUCUUUGCAGAUGAUGUGGUUCUGUUGACCUCAUCAGGCCGUGAUCUCCAGCUAUCACUGGAGCGAUACACACCUGUGUGUGUGAAGCAGUUGGGAUGAGAAUCAUCACCUCUAAAUCCAAAACCGUAGUCCUCUGCUGAAAAAGGGUAGAGGGUCCUCUCCAGCUCGGGAAUGAGGUCCUACCCCCAGAGGAGGAGUUAGUGUCUUGGGGUCUUGCUCACUGUUGAGGGAAGUUUGGAGCGGGAGAUGGACAGGUGGAUCGGUGCAGCGUCUGCAGUGAUGUAGGCUCUAUAUGGGUCUGUUGUGGUGAAGAAGGAGCUGAGCAAGAUGGCUAAACUCUCGAUUUACCAGUAGAUCUACGUUCCUACCCUCAGCUAUUGUCACCAGUUGUGGGUAGUGACCAAAAGAACGAGACUUUCCCAGAACACACUGGAGGAGCUACAUUUCUCGGCUGACCUGGGAACGCCCCAGGAUAACCCUGGAUGAGUGGAAGAAGUGGCCGGGGAGAGGGAAGUCUGCGCUUUUCUGCUUAGGCAGCUGCCCCCGCAACCCAACCCCGGAUAUGCGGCAAGACAGUGGAGAAGAACUUUGUCUCAGUUAGUCUGCAAUGGAAACUAAAACAGACCUUCCAAUCUCCAAGAUGUUGACUCAGAAACUAGUUUUCUGGCCAUGAGCUGGCUUUGGGUCUACCAGACUUCUCUGGUUCUACCAGACUUCUCUGGUUCUACCACACCUCUUUGGGUCUACCAGACUUCUCUGGUUCUACCAGACCUCUUUGGUUCUACCAGACCUCUUUGGGUCUACCAGACCUCUUUGGUUCUACCAGACCUCUUUGGUUUUUACCAGACCUUUGGUUCUACCAGACCUCUUUGGGUCUACCAGACCUCUUUGGUUCUACCAGACCUCUUUGGUUUUUACCAGACCUUUGGUUCUACCAGACCUCUUUGGGUCUACCAGACCUCUUUGGUUCUACCAGACCUCUCUGGUUCUACCAGACCUCUUUGGUUCUACCAGACCUCUUUGGUUUUUACCAGACCUUUGGUUCUACCAGACCUCUUUGGGUCUACCAGACCUCUUUGGUUCUACCAGACCUCUUUGGUUUUUACCAGACCUUUGGUUCUACCAGACCUCUUUGGGUCUACCAGACCUCUUUGGUUCUACCAGACCUCUCUGGUUCUACCAGACCUCUUUGGUUCUACCAGACCUCUUUGGUUUUUACCAGACCUUUGGUUCUACCAGACCUCUCUGGUUCUACCAGACCUCUAUCUGUGAGAGUUUCUGAGCUUUCUGAUGGUGAAGGAGACUGAUGGACAUUUAGACUUUCUUGGCAGCUUCUCUGUAGGACAGACCUUCACCUUUAAGUGUUAUGAUGGUCUGUCUCUCUUCCAUUGUUAAUGACCUUUUUCUCUCCUUUUUUAUAUUAACACAACUUUCUUCACAACAGUGAGGUUGGACGUUUUCUAGGAAAGUUGGGACGCCUGGAGGAACUGCACCAACUUUCAAGCCUCCAUCCACCUCCACUGAUGCAAAAUGACUUCAGGUUGUUAACAACAACCCAUCCUGUUCCUUGAAAAAUUGAAAAAAAUUUUCCACGAUUUGCAUUUUUCAGUUUUGUGGAAGCUUACCCUUUUUAAGCUCUGGUAUUUCACUCACCUUUAUACCACCUGAACUGCUUUAAUAAAAAAAAAAAAAAAAAAAAAAAAACAGGAAAAAUGUGGCUGUUAAACUUGUGA